AACGAGGAUGUGGCCGUGCGAAUUCGACGCAGUCAUUUGUUCAGCGAUAGUUUCCGUGAACUGUUCCGAAUGCGAGGUCCUGAAUGGAAGGCGCGAUUCUAUAUAAUAUUCGAGGGUGAGGAAGGGCAGGAUGCUGGCGGUUUACUUCGUGAAUGGUUCUCGAUAAUCACCCGCGAGAUCUUCAACCCCAACUACGCACUCUUCAUAACGGCACCCGGCGAUCGUGUCACCUACAUGAUCAACAAAACAUCGUAUAUCAAUCCAGAGCAUCUUGACUACUUCAAGUUUGUUGGACGAUUAAUAGCAAAGGCGGUGUACGAGAAUAAACUAUUGGAUUGUUUCUUCACGAGAGCCUUCUAUAAGCACAUCCUGAAUCUGCCCGUACGUGCACAGGAUCUUGAGUCAGAGGUUAGAUUUUGCUAUUCGCUGAAGAAUUAA